AUGUCUUACAUCCACGCUUACCAUCUUGCCAAAGAGGUGAAUGUAGCUCAUACAGAACCUUCGGACUGGACCGUAAACUAUAUGCGCUCAGGCCAGAAUUACAAAAAGUUUCUUGGCAAUGAGUGGCGGCAGGAGCCCUUCCUUGCGGCAGUUGAUCGAGAGUUCAUCGAGGAGAAGAUAGCGGAACAGACGAGCGAUGAUGAAGAGGACGAUCACGGCUAUAUCAUCACGAAGAAGCAACUAGAGGCCGCGCUCCAGCCGCUGUCUUCUACGAAAGGCAACAUGGAUCUAGAGGAGGCUACCGAGGGCUUUUUCAUGUCAUCCCGACAAGAAAUUGACAUUGAAACGCGUGAGACAGAUCCCGUAACCUCAUUCGUACCGGAAAAAUCGGUGCAGCAACGUGUGCUUGGCAAGAUUCAGCCUCGGGCCAUCAAGCUUGAGCACCAUGUCACGAUAUCAAAUGUCAGCAGCCCAACUUUCCUCGCAAGCAGUACAGAGGAUGCCAAUUAUGUCAAGCAAUCCGAGAUUUCCAGCGGCACAAAGAUAAGGAUCUUCCUGCCAGGAGGCAACAUCAAGAAGCGGAGUCGCGUAAUCGAGGACGACGACGCUGAAAUACCUGUACAAGUGAAGCUGAAGUACCAAAGAGAUAAGACGGCAGGGAAAGUUGACAUCGAGCGCCGAGCGGUUCCUGAGCAAAAGAUUAAGCGUGGUACCGAGGAUGAAGCGAACGACAAAGAGACCCAUGGCACGGGAGAUAGUAGUUUUGACGCUUCAACGUGGUAUUCAGCUAAAACUGGUUUCCUGGAUACCAACGCAAUAAACCUAAAUGAUCGUAAAGUGUCGAACGAAUCGAUGCGCGAGCUGAAGUCGAAAACGUCAAGAGGCACGAUGCCGACUCUCAUAGGCUCGCUACCCAGUAGGGCAUUAGUCAGGAUUGGGAUAAAUAAAACGAAACUUGCUCGCGUUACUAGUCAGCCAGGCAGGUCGGCUGCUGUCUCGCCACUGCCAGACCUGGUUUGGGGUGGUAUAGUGGAUGCUAAAGCUCAAGAGCAUGACAAAAAUGAGGACGAAAUCCAUAUCGGAGACAGCAGCAAGAGGCAGAGGCUGAAGCCACCACGAGCGUACACCGGAAAGUCGAGACGCGAGAUCACUGGACGUUUAGCAAGCGACCCAGUAGCACUUAAGUACAAACGCCCAAAGAACGACUCGACGGAUCCAGAGGACAAGCCGUGGGAGGUGAUUCACAACCCAAAGCCAAUGGUGCGGAAAAGUGCUCAGCGGCGCAAUCUCGAUGUGACAGACCCGUCGGUGCAAGCAUCAAUGCUGACACUCAAGUUUCGGCACAAGCAGGAUGCAGGCACGAUCUUGACGUAUACGUACGAGUCGCCGCGUGACUGGGGCUCGCAACAAGAGGUGACGGGGCUGAUUAAGAAGAUUGGGCAAGACAGGCGGCGGGAGUCUGGAAGCACGACGCGACCGCGACCAGGUUAUCAAACGGACGAGAUUGAGUGGCUGGCGCGGAGGUUCGAGGAGCGACCGGAGAUACGCGGGCGCGACGGCAUGUCGGUGGCGAGGUUCAAAAUGCUGGCGGCGGACUACAACGACGUAUUUCGCAGCCGGCAGGCGCAAAUCGCGUCUAAACACAAGGACGUAGAGGUUGGGCCACGAUCGUGGCAUGGCAUCAUGAGCGUAUGCGAUAGGAACCGACGCAUCCUCGCAGCACGGGGGCUUCUUGUCGAUACGGCACAGGAAGGACAACAGGCGUUGUCAUCUGGAGAUAGUAGUGAAGUAAUCGGUGACAAUGGGAGCAGCGACCAAGUAGAACCAUAA